AUGAAACAUAAUGGAUAUCCUGGGACACUUACAAUGGACCUCAAUAGGCUAUUGAAGGUCUUCCCGGGCAUAGCGUUAACAUGGGUUUGCUUCCUGGUCGCAGCAUGCUGUGUUAAGCUAACCGACGCACGUGUAGGCUACUUCUGGCACAUAACGGAUUUACAUUUGGACACGGCGUACAACACCAAGGGCGAUACAUUUCGAAGUUGCUGGCUUACGGAGCACAGCCACUCGAACACGGCCAACGCCAAGCGCCCGGGACUCUACGGGGAUUACAUGUGCGACAGCCCAUGGAGUCUGCUGGAAUCCGCCACGCAAGCCAUGAAAUCCAAGCAAGGUGAUAACGUCGAGUUCGUCCUCUGGACCGGCGACGGACUGUCACAUUCUGCCAAACGGAUGCACGAAAGUAAACGCCUAGCCGUGCUGCGGAACAUCACGGACCUGCUCAGCCGAACGUUCCCAUCUCAGUUCGUGUUUCCCGUGCUGGGCCACGAGGAUGCCAGCUCCAACUUCGAGCAGAUCGGUCAGCUCUGGAAGCAGUGGCUGCCACUGGAGGCGGUGCAAACGUUCCAAAAAGGUGGCUACUACACAAUCGAGCAGACCAAGAGUCGGCUGCGGAUCAUAGCUUUAAACACAAACUACAUGCGGCACGACGCGAAGUACUCGCAGUCGCACCCGUCGGCGGUGAAGCAGCGUCCAGAUGGCUCAUACCACUACCCGGGCGGUGGCCACUACGGGGGCACCGACCAGCACAUGGGCAAGCACUACCACACCCGGGAGGGCAGCUCCACCGGGUAUCUGUACAGCGACCGGCAGCGGAAUGGCUACAGUAGCAGCAGUAACCUGCCGGACGGCGGCCAUGCCAGUGCAUUAUCGGGAUCAAGCAGCCACGAGUCGGAGAAGCAGUGGGAAUGGCUGGAGGAGGUUCUAGCAAAGUCUAGUAGAAAUAAGGAAACUGUAUAUAUCGUAGGACACAUACCACCAGGCUCGGACGAACGCCACAUUGGCCACCCGAUGCCAUACGGACACAGCAGCUACACCGAGAAGAACAACAUGCGCUAUCUGCGGCUGGUCAAGCGGUACUCGUCGAUUAUCCAGGGGCAGUUUUUCGGCCAUCUGCAUUCGGACUCGUUCCGGGUGGUGUACGGUGAAGGAGGAAAACCUGUAUCAUGGAUGAUGAUUGCUCCAUCGAUAAGUCCCCGAAGGAACAGCGAGUCCAACAAUCCCGCCAUGCGGCUGUACAAAUUCGACACCGAUACAGGGCAGGUCUUAGACUACACGCAGUACUACCUAGAUUUAGAGCAAGCCAACAAGCUGGAGGAAGCCGUCUGGCAGCCGGAGUACAACCUUACCACCUACUACUACGGGCUGAGUGAGGUAUCAUCGAUGGCCCUCCACAACCUAGCCGAUCGGUUCAACAGUGCCGACGACACGCAGUUCAUGAAGUACUACCGGGCAAACUCGGUGCGGCACGCGACGAGCACCUGCGAGGGAGUCUGUCUGCUCAACCACUACUGUGCCAUAACGCGGCUGGACUACCGGGAGUUUCGUAGCUGCCUGGAAACGGCGGCCAAAGCGAUGGCUUCGAAAAACGGCACUCCAAGGGGUCCGCUUCAUCCGGCCGCCAGCAUCAGCCGGAUCCUGAUGGCCGUGGCGCCGACGCUGCUGAUGCUACUGCUGACCAGCAGCUGCUCAAUCUUACCGUACUGGUCGCUUGCUGACCGGAACGAACUUUCGUGGACAUCCUUCGCAUCUACCAGCACCGGAAGCAGCUGCAAGACCGUUAUAGGGACACAGAUGGCCACCUACAUCUUCUACACACCGGCUAGUGCACCGUUGCUACAGAAGAAGAAUGUAGCUGAUGACGAUGAUUGUGAUGAAAUUAUCAUCCGACUGGCCCCACCGGCGCAUCAGACGCUGAUGAAGAGCAUCAUGAACAUAAUGAUGAGGUGA